AAAUUUUAUAUCAGAAAAUCAUCGCACCCAGCAUUCAGAUAAGGCAUUAAUCAAAAAUGAAACUGACUAAUUUCUACAGCAUUUCUUCACCUUGCAAAGCGUUUGUCAUUACCUUCUGAUGCUUCUAGCCACCAUUCUUCUUUUUAGCAAAAUAUCAAAAAUAAGAAUGAAAGGAUGUUUGCUACAGCAUGAGGGUGGCUUACAGUAUAAAGGCAGAGUAUUAAAGAAAUGCAGAAUUCAGUUUUACGGUUACAGAGAAAGUGCAGUUCAGGGAAUAGAGAGGUAAACUGAAAGGUCCAGAGUUCAACUUUAACUGUUGAAGAGUCUUAUAACAGCAGGAUAGAAGCUAUUCUUGGGUCUGGUGGUGGCUGUGAUUGACUUCAUCUUAAAGAAAUGAAAACAGGCAGCCAGCGGAAUUGUCGCGGAAGGUGGUUACAAUUUUUUAAGUUUUUAUAUAGUUAUGGAAACAUAAAAGUUGGUCCUCAGGUUAAGGUCCUAAGGUGCAAUUUUGAUAUUGCAGUAGGAGAACUGGUGAAAGUAGAUUGGGAGCACAUGUUAGAAGGUAAAACAUUAUCUCAUAAGCAUAAGCCAUUUAAAGGGAAGUUAUCAGGAGUUCAGGGACAGCUUCUUCCAGACAGAGGAAAAGGAAACGAUGGUAACUUUAAGGAACAUUGAAUUACAAAUGUUAUGAAGGUAACAAGGGAAACAUUAAACAAGUAGAGGCAAUUACAAUCAACAAAUCCCUCCAGGAACACAGAGUCUAUAGAGGAGUAUUUAAAAAGCAAAAUCGGAGGAAAAAAGAAAUCAAGAAAUAUGAUUGAAAAGUAAAUGUAAGGCAAAUCCUAAGCCAGUUCAUAAGAAUCUCAGGGACCAGGAGGGUAGCUAUGGAAAGAAGGGAUCCACUUAAGGAACAAAAGAGUAAUCUAAAGUAUGUGUGCAGCCAGGGGCUGUGAACAAGUUUACUAAAUGAAUUCUCCUCAGGUGCACUUUCCAAGGAGAAAGAAAUGAAAGAAGGUGAACUCAUAGAGGGAGACCUAAGGGCUUUGGCUCAACGGGCUUCGGUGGAACCGGGUGAGGCGAGGAAGACCGGAGCUGCAGAGCUCUCACAGCUAGUUGCUUGGUAAGUAUUGGUAAGUAGUUCUGUUUCCUUUUACACUUAUAACUUUAAAAGUAUUGUUAAUAGACAAUAGACAAUAGACAAUAGGUGCAGAAGUAGACCAUUCGGCCCCUCGAGUCUGCACCGCCAUUCUGAGAUCAUGGCUGAUCAUUCACUAUCAAUACCCAGUCCCUGCCUUGUUCCCAUAUCCCUUGAUUCCCCUAUCCAUCAGAUAUCUAUCCAACUCCUUCUUGAAAGCAUCCAGAGAAUUGGCCUCCACCGUCUUCCGAGGCAGUGCAUUCCACACCUCCACAACUCUCCGGGAGAAGAAACUCUUCCUCAACUCUGUUUUAAAUAGUGUGAUAGUUAGCUGUAUUGGGGCAAAGGGUUCUUGCAUAACUAAUACUAGUACAUUAAAUUAACUAUAUAGCAUGGAGCAGGUGAUGUGUUACUGCUGCGAGAUGUGGGAACCGGUAGACCCAAUUGAGGGACACAGAGACUACAUUUGCAGCAAGUGUUUGUUGCUCGAGGAACUCCAGCUUCAUAUUGAUGAGCUGCAGUCCGAGCUUCAGACACUGCGACACAUCAGGGAGGGGGAGAGUUACCUGGACUCUGUGUACCAGGAGAUAGCCACACCUAAUAGAUUAACUAAUGUAGAUUGCAGUCAAGCACAGGAUGGUGUGGCUAUGAGUGAGGAAAGUAGGGGAAUCCAGGAGAGUUACCUGGACUCUGUGUACCAGGAGAUAGCCACACCUAAUAGAUUAACUAAUGUAGAUUGCAGUCAAGCACAGGAUGGUGUGGCUAUGAGUGAGGAAAGUAGGGGAAUCCAGGAGGUAGGGCUGGAGGAGAUGCAGGCCUUACUCUUGUCCAACAGAUUCGAGGCUUUAACUCCCUGUGAGGGCAGGAGCGGGGACUGUGGGGAGGAUGAGCAACCUGCCCAUAGCACCAUGGAGUGGGGGGCCAUUCCAGAGGGGGGAGUCAAUAGAAAUGUUGUAGUAAUAGGGGACAGUAUCGUCAGGGGGAUAGAUUGGGUUCUCUGCAACCGAGAGCGAGAGUCCCGAAGGCUAUGUUGCCUGCCUGGUGCCAGGGUUAAGGACAUCUCUUCUGGGCUGGAGAGAAACUUACAGUGGGAGGGCGAGGAUCCAGUUGUCUUAGUACACGUUGGUACUAGUGACAUAGAUAGGACAAGGAAGAAGGUUCUGUUACAGGAAUAUGAGCAGCAAGGGGUCAAAUUAAAAAACAGACCCUCAAGGGUAAUAAUCUCUGGAUUAUUACCUGAGCCACGAGCAAAUUUGGCUAGGUUAAAUAAAAUUAGGGAAUUAAACGCGUGGCUCAAAGACUGGUGUGGGAGAAGUGGGUUUUGCUUCUUGGGACACUGGCACCAGUACUGGGACAGGAGAGAACUGUUCUGGAGGGACGGGCUUCACCUGAACCGGGCUGGGGUUAGUGUCCUGGCGAAUCAUAUAACUAGGGCUUCAAAGAGGUCUUUAAAAUAACUAGUGGGGGGGGGGGGAGGAUUCUAGGGAGCAAAUAAUUAAAAAGACAAUGGAGAAGGUAAUGGAUGUAGGUAAAAGUGGAGGAAUAAAAAGACAGAGUGUGUCAGGAGGGGAAAGAAUGUACGGAGAUAAGCGUAAAGUUGUACAAAAGGAAAAGGUAGGAAAUAAGUGUCAAACAUAUUUGAAAGUCCUUUAUUUGAAUGCACGUAGUAUUAGGAAUAAAAUUGAUGAGUUGACGGUACAAAUAAUUACAUAUGGUUAUGAUAUUGUGGCAAUUACAGAAACAUGGCUGCAGGGUGACCAGGACUGGGAAUUAAACAUACAAGGGUAUUCGACAAUUAGGAGAGACAGGCAAGAAGGAAAAGGAGGUGGGGUGGCUAUGUUAAUAAAGCAAGAAAUCACUGCAAUAAAGCAAAAUGAUAUUGGCUCAAACGAUCAGGAUAACUAAACAAUUUGGGUAGAAAUAAGAAAUAGUAAAGGGAAAAAAGCAGUGGUGGGAGUAGUCUAUAGGCCUCCAAACAGCUGUAACUCAGUUGGUCGGAGCAUAAAUCAGGAAAUAGUUGGGGCUUGUAAUAAGGGAACAGCUAUAAUUAUGGGGAAUUUUAACUUUCAUAUUGACUGGACUAAUCAAGUUGGACACAGCAGCCUUGAAGAAGAGUUUAUUGAGUGUAUUCGGGAUGGGUUCCUUGAACAAUACGUUACUGAGCCGACAAGGGGGCAAGCAGUCUUAGAUCUGGUCCUGUGUAAUGAGACAGGACUAAUAAAAAAUGUCCUAGUAAAGGAUCCCCUUGGAAUGAGUGACCAUAACAUAGUCGAAUUCCAUAUUCAAUUAGAGGAUGAGAGGGUUGGAUCUCAAAAAAGCGUACUGCGCUUAAAUAAAGGAGACUAUGAUGAUAUGAGAGCGGAAUUGCUUAAGAUGGAUUGGGAAAAUAGAUUAAAGGGUAGAUCGGUACUUGAUCAGUGGUGUAUAUU